AUGAGAAAUAUUCUCACAUAUCAAGAUGAAGGGUCUUUUGGUUCAAUUCUGGCAAAUAUUCAAAUCACUCCUGCCCUCCUGGGAGAAUCAUUAAUCAGUUUGAAAAGAUACGCUUGUCCGCCCAAAGGUUAGAAAGGUUGUUCUAACAAAGUUGUAGUCCUUCUGAUUUUUCAAAAUUAAUCCAAUCCUUAUUUCUACAAUUACAAAGAAAACAGUCUACUCAUUUGAAUAAUUUGAGUAUAGACAGAUUCAGGUCCUUUGCUGUUCUUAAUAACCAAUGACAAUGCGGUGCAUUAAUUCACACAGAACUGAUAGAGCUAGCCAGUAUCUAUUAAAGCUGGAUUAAUCCAUUUAACUUGUUUGUUUAUUUUAUUUGUAUUAUUAGUGCCGUCACCCACCACACCUCUUCUUCAGGUAAGAACUUACUUUGCUUUUUGUAUAGUUCAAAAUUCAACCGUGUGAAACGAUGUUUCGGAAACAUUCCUAAUCAUGUUUCCUGAUUGUAGACAAACCAAGAAACAUUUUUCCUAACCAUGUUUCCAAAAGGUAUAGGCAAAGCAGGAAACAUUGUUUCCUAGCCAUGUUUUUCAAAGGUAUAGGCGAACCAAGAAACAUUGUUUCCAAGCCAUGUUUCCCAAAGGAAUGCAAACCAAGAAACAGUGUUUCGUAGCCAUGUCUUCCAAGGUAGGCAAACCAGAAAACAUUUUUACGGAAACAUUGUUUCCUAAACAAGUAAGUUUGCUAGAACAUGAAAAUUUCGUUCCACAAUAAUGUUCCUACUUUUUUUAUGUAGCCGAGUAGCAAUAGUCUUGUGCUUGUGCCAAGUCCAAAAUGGUUUUGGCUGUUGUUCCUUCUG